UUUCUGCAGUUGUACUUCUUUAUCGCCUUGGCCACGACCGAAUGCAUCCUCUUUGGGUUAAUGGCCUACGACCGCUAUGUGGCCAUAUGCAAUCCCCUGCUUUACCCCUUGGUCAUGUCCAGGACAGUCUGCCUUAAAAUGGCAGCGGGGGCUUUUACAGCGGGACUGCUCAACUCCAUGGUGAACACAAGUUAUGUGAGCAGCCUGCCAUUCUGCGCUUCCAAUGUCAUCCACCACUUCUUCUGUGACAGCCCUCCACUCUUCAAGCUCUCAUGCUCUGACACACACCUGAAUGAAAGCAUCUUUUCUACUUUUGCUGGGGUGAAUCUAGUGGGGGUUCUGCUGGUCAUUCUCACCUCCUACUCCUACAUUCUCUUCUGCAUCUUUCGUAUGCAUUCAGGGGAGGGGAGGCACAAAGCUUUCUCCACCUGUGCCUCUCACCUGACAGCUAUAUUUCUGUUCUAUUCCACCUCCAUCUACACUUACUUGAGACCUACAUCCAGUUACUCCCUGGGUCAGGACAAAGUGGUUUCUAUUUUCUACACAGCAGUGAUCCCGAUGUUGAACCCUCUGGUCUACAGCCUCAGAAAUAAAGAUGUAAAGAAGGCUUUAUGCAGUGUAAUUACCAAAAAAAGGAAUCCUUCAUUUCUGUGA